AUGGCAACAGUUUUAUGUUCUAAGGCAGUUUAUACAUGCCAUCUUGACCCGAGUUCAAAUUCUUCUUUGAAAUUAAUUCUGCUGAAAAACGUCCAAAAUGUAAACACGAUCACCGAAAAUAUAAAACACGGUGUAUGGAAAUGUUCUGCUAUAAAUCCGUCUUUAAUACUAGAUCCUUUCCAAGUAGCUGUCGCCGCCAACCGUGCUGUCGUUGCCCAAAUGUCAGGAAAUAUGGUAACAAAGUCGGUGUAUGGAGAAAUUUUAUAUAACUUGUCACUCACCAAAAAUAUAACUCAGAGCUUAACCAAGUUUGGCGUUUACAAACAGCAUUGUGUUUUACUGUGUUUUAUUGUAACACAAAAAGAGGAUCACAGUGACGAUGUUUUGAAGCAGAUCAAUGGAGAACUCUGUCCCAUUUCAGAUCUAAGUAAAUACACAGAACUUAAACAAAUACAAGAUGCAUUUAAAUUGGACAAUUUACAGUGCACUGAUAACCUCUUAGAUAGUAUUGUUAGCCGAAUGGUAACUAAGAACAUUGUGUCUUUUAAUAAUAGGGGUAUUAUUCAAUGA